UAAAUUAUUUUCCAAAUGAGUUCUCCUUUCCCUCUAAAAAUGUCCAUUUGAUCUUUAACCUUUUCCUCAGUUCUGUUUGGACAGCCAGAAACUAUGGAGGAAUCCUCCCACGAAAUCACCUCCCCUCUUAUAUCGAAGGGCGGUGAUUCGAGCUUGGAGCCAUCGUCUUCUUCACUGAAACCUGACCCAGAUGAAGAGAACUCACCGAUCAAACAGGUGGCUCUGACCGUGCCCACCACAGACGACCCUUCUCUGCCGGUGCUCACCUUCCGAAUGUGGGUUCUCGGGACGGUCUCGUGCGUGCUCCUCUCGUUUCUGAACCAGUUCUUCUGGUACAGAACAGAGCCGCUCACCAUCACUGCAAUCUCAGCUCAGAUCGCCGUGGUGCCUCUCGGCCGACUCAUGGCUGCCAAAAUCACCGACCGGGUCUUCUUCAAGGGAACCCCCUGGGAAUUCACCCUAAAUCCCGGUCCCUUCAACGUCAAAGAGCACGUUCUCAUCACCAUCUUCGCCAACUCCGGCGCCGGAACUGUCUACGCCAUUCAUGUGGUCACAGUAGUUAAGGUCUUCUAUAAAAAGCACAUCAGCUUCUUCGUUUCGUUGAUCGUUGUUAUAACAACCCAGGUUCUGGGGUUCGGAUGGGCGGGGAUAUUCCGGCGGUACCUGGUAGAACCGGCAGCCAUGUGGUGGCCGGCGAAUCUUGUCCAAGUUUCCUUAUUCAGGGCUCUGCAUGAGAAAGAAGAAAGGCCAAAGGGUGGUGUGACUCGAACUCAGUUUUUCCUAAUCGCCUUCAUCUGCAGCUUUGCCUAUUAUGUUUUCCCUGGCUACAUGUUUGAAAUGCUAACUUCACUCUCAUGGAUAUGCUGGAUUUUCCCCACUUCAGUUCUUGCCCAACAGCUCGGCUCAGGCCUUUACGGGCUUGGAAUUGCUGCAGUGGGGCUUGACUGGUCCACCAUUUCCGCCUACCUUGGAAGCCCCCUUGCAAGCCCUUGGUUCGCCACAGCCAAUGUGGCUGUUGGCUUCGUCUUUGUCAUGUAUGUUCUGACUCCCAUCUGCUAUUGGCUCAAUGUCUACAAAGCCAAAACCUUCCCCAUCUUCUCCGAUGAUCUCUUCACAUCCACAGGCCAAGAGUACAAUAUCUCCUCCAUAAUCACCAGCAACUUUCACCUUAAUAUCACAGCUUAUGAGGAAGAGGGGCCUCUUUACCUCAGCACAUUUUUCGCUAUGACAUAUGGUGUAGGCUUUGCUGCACUUUCUGCCACUGCUGUCCAUGUGCUGCUUUUCCAUGGAAGAGAAAUAUGGGAGCAAAGCAAAUCGAGUUUUAAGGACAAGGGAAUGGACAUACACACGAGGCUCAUGACCAGGUAUAAACAAGUCCCGGAGUGGUGGUUUUGGAGCAUCCUCGUUGCAAACAUUGCGUUCACCAUCUUUGCCUGCCAGUAUUACAAUGACCAGCUUCAAUUGCCAUGGUGGGGUGUCUUACUAGCUUGUGCCAUCGCCAUUGUAUUCACUCUUCCCAUUGGAAUCAUUACCGCUAUCACAAAUCAGACUCCAGGCUUGAACAUCAUCACUGAGUAUAUAAUUGGGUAUAUCUACCCAGGAUAUCCUGUUGCCAACAUGUGCUUCAAAGUGUACGGAUACAUUAGUAUGACACAGGCAGUCACCUUCCUGCAAGACUUCAAGCUUGGCCACUACAUGAAGAUUCCUCCAAGAACAAUGUUCAUGGCACAGGUGGUGGGAACCCUCAUAGCUGGUUUUGUGUACUUAGGCACCGCCUGGUGGAUGAUGGAGACCAUCCCUGACAUCUGUGAGACGACAGACUCCAGCAGCCCCUGGACUUGCCCAAGCGAUCGGGUAUUCUACGAUGCUUCUGUCAUCUGGGGUCUGAUCGGCCCUCGCAGAAUUUUUGGAGACGAGGGUGUUUAUGAGGCGGUCAACUGGUUCUUCCUAGCUGGAGCUGUCGCCCCUGUCCUUGUCUGGUUAGCCCAUAAGGCCUUCCCCAAACAAGAAUGGAUUGGACUCAUCAAUAUGCCGGUCCUGAUAAGCUCCACAGGAAUGAUGCCACCAGCUACUGCAGUUAACUACACUACUUGGGUCAUUGCAGGCUUCCUCUCCGGCUUUGUUGUGUAUAGGUACCGCCCAGACUGGUGGCAGCGCCACAACUAUGUCCUCUCUGGGGCGCUUGAUGCUGGCCUCGCCUUCAUGGGGGUGCUUCUGUAUCUGUGCUUGGGCUUGGAAGACAUCAGCGUUGACUGGUGGGGAAAUGACCUUGAUGGAUGUUCCUAUGCUACCUGCCCAACAGCCAAAGGAGUUUUCGUCGAAGGCUGCCCAGUUUUUGACUAAUGCUGAAGAAACAAAACCCUCAAUCGCCUCUGCAAGUUUCUCAAUCGAUUUGCUUGAAUGGAUUGUCUUAAAAUCUGUAUGUAUAUAGCUCAUUCUUUACCUUCUAGGUAGCAAAGUUAAUUUACACAGAAAAGAGAUAGCCACAGCUGCUACAUAUAUGAUGAAUUCAAGUCACAAUUCUCCCUGAAAAUCUUUUUGGGGAGCCUUCAUUCUUCAUUUUGUAUCUCAUGGUUGCUUGCAGUUGACAGACUUGUUCUCAUGUCAACUGGGUUUGCCAUGCAUAAUGCUCAAAUGGUGAAAUUGUUACUCUUUGUUAUGAUGAAUAAAAUUGAAAUGGAUGUUUUUGGCAA